GCUCAACUGGUCAGAGGAACUAAGACAUCUGUCCCCCUGCGAGAAUCUCUCUCGAGUCGAGCAAAAUGGAUUAUCAAACAUCAAGUCCCCUCUACGACAUUGAUUAUGGGAUGUCAGAGCCCUGUCAAAAAGUCAACGUGAGACAAACUGCAGCCCAGCUCCUGCCCCCGCUCUACUCGCUGGUGUUCAUCUUUGGUUUUGUGGGUAACAUUCUGGUCGUCCUCACCCUGAUCAACUGCAAAAAGCUGAAAAGCAUGACUGACAUCUACCUGCUCAACUUGGCCGUUUCUGACCUGCUUUUCAUCAUCACCAUCCCAUUCUGGGCUCACUAUGCUGCAGACCAGUGGGUCUUUGGAGAUAUAACGUGCCAGUUUUUCACAGGCUUCUAUUUCAUUGGCUUUUUCUCUGGAAUCUUCUUCAUCAUCUUCUUGACAAUUGAUAGGUACCUGGCUAUCGUCCAUGCUGUGUUUGCUUUGAAAGCCAGGACAGUCACCUCUGGGGUGGUGACAAGUGGGGUCACCUGGGUGGUGGCUGUGUUUGCCUCUCUCCCAGGAAUCAUCUUUACCAAAUCCCAGAAAGAGGGUUCUCGUUAUACAUGCAGCCCUCAUUUUCCAUCCAGUCGGUAUCAUUUCUGGAAGAACCUCCAAACUUUAAAGAUAGUCAUCUUGGGCCUGGUGCUGCCACUGCUUGUCAUGAUUGUCUGCUACUCGGGAAUCCUAAAAACCCUGCUUCGGUGUCGCAACGAGAAGAAGAAGCACAAGGCCGUGAGGCUCAUCUUUGCCGUCAUGAUUGUCUACUUUCUCUUCUGGGCUCCCUACAACAUCGUCCUUCUUCUGAGCACCUUCCAGGAAUUCUUUGGCCUGAAUAACUGCAGUGACUCUAAUAGGCUGGACCAAGCCAUGCAGGUGACAGAGACCCUGGGGAUGACACACUGCUGCAUCAACCCCAUCAUCUACGCCUUCGUCGGGGAGAAGUUCCGAAGCUAUCUCUUACAGUUCUUCCGAAAGCACGUUGCCAGAUGCUUCUGCAAAGGCUGUCCAGUCUUCCAGGGAGACGCUCUAGAGAGAACGAGCUCCAUUUACACACGAUCCACGGGGGAGCAGGAAAUCUCUGUUGGCUUGUGACCUGACUCAGUUUUUAUAUGCAGAUUAGGGGCAAAAGCGGUUCUUUUAAAGAGGAAGUUACUGUCAUAGAGGGUUUAAGUUUCAUCCAUUUAUUUGGCAUCAGCUCUAAGUAUAUUAGAUAUUUCAAGCUCAUCAGUUCUAGAAAGCCAAACCAAAACACGUGAUGAAAUAGCAACCUUCUCACCUCCCCUCCACAUACAUCAAUUUAUUGGCAAACUCUCCCUUCACUGCAAAAGUUCAAUAUAAAAAAAAAAAAUCCUCAGAGAAUUGCUAAUUCCUGAGUUCGGUUACCUGAACGGGAAUAACAAAAUGAACUGAGGAAAGUACUGUAUAGUUUCUUAUCGGAGUAGGGCAACAUCCAGGUUGCAAAUGUGCUUAAAAUAUAUCUUUCUCUUGCCAUGGGGAGAAAAGACAUGCCCGUGAUCAGUUAAGAAAUGACAACUUCCAUGUGGGAUCUCCCCUCCAAGGUGUGGUUAACAAGUUCCACAGACAUUCACACCAGGGGAGAGCCCUGUGGCCUGCUGAGAGCUGGGAAGGCUUCUUCGCAGAGAAGGGAUUGGAGGUGGAUGGUCUGUUGAUGAAGAGGGAAGAUGAGCUGCAGGCACCGCACUGGCAAAGACUGGCUGUGGGGAGAUGUGCUCUGGUUGGGGGAGCCCCAGGGGAGGAAGGAUGAGGUGAGAGCAUGAGGAACCUGGACAGCGCUGCUCAUCAAAGUCCAAGAGCAGAGCAGGGAGCCCUUGCCAGUGUUGCAGAAGGCUCAUUCCACAGCCAAAGGAUGGCCUGGAAAGGUGAGCAUUCAGGGCAAGGAGACCAAAACAAUCUGAUCGAGUGAGGAGGCUCCACUUAGGUCGAGGCGCAGGAGAUGGGAAGGAGGGGUGCAUUCUCACAGCAUUUAGGAUGAGAGUCAGCAAUAAUAGUUGGGGCGGAUUUGGCUUGGCGGUGAGGAGCAGAGAACAGUCAGAGUGAACCCCUAGAUUCCACACGAGCAUCAGAGAUGCCCUGAAAGAGACACCAAGAAGGAGGAGGAGGUUUAGGUCAAAACAGGAGUUGGUGGAAGAUAAAGUUGGUGGUCUGUGAGCUGACCAAAGCCCUAGGCACACAGACCCUGGGCUGCCUGUCACUGACUGCUCCUGCCCCCAGAGCUGUCCGUCCCAUCCAGGCUCGAAUCAUGAGGCAUCUCCAGGGGGCUCUGAAACACCAGAUUUACGAACGCACGAGCCUGAGGUCCAGGAACACUUUUAGGUCAGAUAUGACAUCUAGGUGAGGACUGAUUACACAGUUAAUGAAAAUCCAGAGCUUUAUAAGCACCGAGUAAAGAGGUCCCCAAGAGCUGCAGGAAGCCUGAAUGACUGUUUCUGCCUGUUUCAGGCGCACCACUAUUUACGGUUUUCUGGAUCUAACUAUCAAUAGACAAAGGGAAGAAGGACACACUCAUUUGGAAACAGGCUGCCUCAAGCUUUAUAAGCCACAAAACGUGCAAUUUACUAACCUCUGUGUUUCAGGCUGAGUGUGGAGGCUUUAGAUACACCUUCCAGGCACCAUCUCCAAACAAAGCAUAUCCAAACACUAAGAGACUUAUUCAUUUCAAAGGGAGAAUUUGAAAUUUUUCGCAGUUGCUACUUCUGUUAUUUUGUAUAUGCCUAAGAUUGUUUUGAAUUCAGGGGUAGCUAAGACUAUCGUUGUAAAGAUUAGGUGGGAAAAUGUAAAGGAGUGAGAAUCCCUCAGGAGAUUAAGGUGUCAAAAUAAGAGGUACUACUGAUUUUUCUGCAGUUCUUAAAUGGGAAUCUUGAGGGUUGUGGCUAUCAAUGGGAAGUGACUGGAAGGACCUUUUCUUUUGCCCUUAAGGUUACUGAGAGUGCAUAUAUAACACAUGACCCUCACCUAUGAAUCAGUUCAAACAUUCUGGUAUCUUUGUGUAUAUACAUAUAAACAUAUAUAUAUGUAUAUAUACACAUAUACAUGUGUAUGACAUUCUUACAUAUAUAGGAAGUUACAAACUGCUUAGAA